UUUUUUUUUCGCCCACCAAAAAGUCCAAAAACCCUAAUAUUUCCCUAAUCCAGAUGGGGCUCUUCUCGUGGUGGCGGCGGGGCGGCGGCGGCUCGCCGGAGCCGGCGAAGGGAGCGGGUGGCGCGGGUGUGGCGGAGGUCGCGGCGGCCGGGGGCACGCAGGGGGCGGUGGAGGUGCUGCGGCGGCAGCGGCAGGCGGACGCGACCGUCUUCGAGUUCGGGUCGGCGGCGGAGUCCGGCGCCGCCGUGACGCUCGCGGGGUACUGCCCCGUGUCCGACGACCUCGAGCCCUGCCGCUGGGAGCUCGUCCCGGCCGCCGGCGAGGGCGCGCCGCAGUUCCGCAUCGUCUUCUGAGCAUCCCACAUGCUCCGGCACCUGGGCAUCUUGAGCUGUACCAGGUUUUAUAUAUUAUGAGUAAUAUAGGUGUGAUCUUUCGUCUGCAUACCUGUAUCAGCUACCCAGGCGUUAUCUUGAAAUAAAACUUGAGUUGUUGAUGAGUA